CAGGACAGGACAGGUGAGUGGUUCACCUGGCGCUGAUUGCCGGUGUGUGGGGCUGUGUGUCGCAGACAGCAGUGAUGGUGAGCGUGGUGCAGGGCUUGAUGUCGCGGCUGCUGUCGCCGCUGUGGCGCCGGGCGCAGGAGCUCGAUGAGCGGCCAGAGGAUCCGUGCUUCGACGGUGCGGCGCAGAUCCGGCAGGUGUGGACAGGUGUGGUGACGCAUCUGUGUGCGGAUUACGGCCUGAUCGAUCACAGCGUGUACUUCACAUCGGGAGUGGUGCUAGGAGGAGUCGUGCUGUGUGUGGGAGACUCGGUGCAGGCUCUGGCGGUGCGGGAAGGAGCCCACGGACAGUGGAGGGCGCUCCGGGUGGAGCGGCACAAGGACGCCUGGGAGAGCGGCGGAUCAGAGGCGCUCGCACUGGACACUGACAAACUCAGGCCUCUGAUUGGAACAGUGACGUCAUGUGAUCGAGACGGAGGCUACAUCAACCAGACGACGUAUUUCCCGCGAUCGGCUCUCUGCGAAGGGUUCGAGCCGGUGAAGGGCGACUGGGUUCUGGCGCAGUAUUUCGUCUGUCCGUCUGAAUGGAGCAGUCAGGCUCGAGCGGUUUCUCCUCUGCGAUACCGGCGCAUGGAUGGGGUGAGCGUGAGCGUCCUGCACGGCCGCAGCGGUGUUGUGGAGGACAGCGUGUUCUUCAGUCUGGACUCUCUGAUCGUGCCGCCGGGCUUCAGACCCGCUCGGGGUGACGUGGUGAAUGUGGUGGUGGUGGAGAGCAGUCAGUCGCUGUACAGCUGGAGAGCUCUGUGUAUGACGCCCAUCCAGCACAGUGGAAACGCCUCGGAGCUGAAUAUGCCAGACGAUGAGGUGCAGAGAUUGCUGGAGAAUAAGGGUGGGCUCCAGGUCAGCCGGGAAAACCAAUUUGGGUGUCUAUUACUGGGAAACCGCAAGGAGCUGCAGAUCUGGAUCCAAAACAGCGGCUCUGAGCGCCAGCGGCUGAAAUGCUGUGAGUUUGCCGGAUGGGACUCGGCUCAGCAGUUCUGCCUCAGAUCUGUGUCUGUGAAGAACAGCACGCCUGCAGGAGGCCCAGUUGAUGAAGACUCGGUGCAGAUGCUGGAGAUGAAGCCCGGGGAGAGAGCGUCUGUGACCGUCUGCUGUCAGGCCAGACUUGCACGGCGGCAUCUUCCAAACUUCUUGGGGAACUACGGCGUGCCUCAGGCUCUCAGAGAUUGCGUGGAAGGUCAGAAGGACGUUCUGAUCGCACAGCCGGCUCUGGCGGAGCCCUUGAGCCUGUCGUGGAUGCUGCCGCGUUUCUCGGCUCUGCUGUGGCUGGAGGAGCUGCAGGCCGAGAGGGAGAUCCGAGAGUUCAGUCUCACCGGCGCCAUCCUCAGGAAAGGAGCCGUGUAUCUGCACCUGGAGGUGCCAGGCCUUGCCGAGGGCCGGCCGAGCCUCUUCAUCGGUGAUAAAGUUCUUCUGAAGAAGCCUUGUAGUGGAGGAACCGUUAUUGAGUACAUCUCUUAUGUCAUGGAGAUCAGCGACGAGGACGUGAGUUUACGAGUGAACGCUGAUUUUCAGAAGAACUACCUCGGAGAACCUCUGGACGUGGAGUUCUCCUUCAACAGGCUGACCAUGAGGAGGUGCCACUGUGCUCUGGAGCAGAGCAAACACUUCGGAGACAACAUUUUGUUUCCCAGCAUGCUCUUGCUGCAGCCGCCUCAGUGGAGCGGAGAGUGGAGGGAAGAGGACCGACAUCUUCAAGAGGAGGAGAACAAAGCGACCCAAAAAACAGACGGCUCAUCGACACUGACUGCAGAGAUGGUGUCUGUGGCCACACAAACUAAACCAGAUUUGACAAUGACGGCGAAGCGCAUCCCAAACCCUGGCCAGUUCUUCAACGCUCAGCUGAAUCCGGCGCAGAAAGAGGCGGUCAAACGGAUCCUGAGUGGAGAGUGUCGUCCCACGCCAUACGUUCUGUUCGGGCCUCCUGGCACCGGGAAAACCAUCACUCUCAUAGAGGCCAUUCUGCAGGUGCAUCACCGCAUCCCCUGCAGUCGUGUGCUGGUGUGCACGCCCUCAAACAGCGCCGCGGACCUCGUCUGCAUGCGUCUGCACCAGAGCGGAUUCCUGCACACCGCCAGUCUGGCUCGCGUCAACGCCACCUGCAGGCCAGAAGAGUCUAUGCCGGAGGAGCUGCGUCAGUACGCCAGAGCUGGAGAAGAUAUUCGCCACGCCAGUUUCCAUCGUAUCGUAGUUUCCACUUGUUCCAGCGCUGGAAUGUUCUACCAGAUCGGUCUGCGUGUUGGUCACUUUACCCAUGUGUUUGUGGAUGAGGCGGGUCAGGCCACUGAACCCGAGUCGCUCAUCCCUCUGAGUUUACUGUCUGAGACGAGUGGACAGAUCGUGCUGGCUGGAGAUCCGAAGCAGCUGGGGCCGGUGGUGAAGUCGAAGCUGGCCGCUGUGUUUGGACUCGGCGUGUCUCUGCUGGAGAGACUGAUGGGAAUGCCGCUCUACAGCUGCAGCGAGAGAGGAUACAACCCCCUGCUGGUGAUGAAGCUGGUGUAUAACUACCGCUCCCACGAGGCUCUGCUGGAGCUGCCGUCGCGGCUGUUUUACGCCGGAGAGCUGUGUGUUCGCUCUCAGAGGACCGUCGUGGAUGCGCUCUGCCACUGGAACAGGCUUCCCACUAAGGGCUUCCCCUUCAUGUUUCACGGCGUGCGGGGGACUGAGAUGAGAGAGGGCAAUAAUCCGUCGUGGUUCAAUCCCGCUGAAGCUGUGCAAGUCAUGAUGUACUGCUGCCAGCUCGCGAAGAGACUCUACAACCCCAUCGCAGCGACAGACAUCGGCGUCAUCGCUCCAUAUAAGAAACAGGUGGAGAAGAUCCGUGUGCUGCUGCACAGAGUGGGUCUGGGAGAGGUGAAGGUGGGAUCGGUGGAGGAGUUCCAGGGCCAGGAGUUCCUCAUCAUCAUCAUGUCAACGGUCCGAUCCAACGAGUCCUUGCUGAAUGAAGAACUGCAAAGCAUGCUGGGAUUCCUCUCCGACCCGAAGCGUUUCAACGUUGCCAUCACACGAGCCAAAGCACUGCUCAUUGUGAUCGGAAACCCACACGUUUUAAUCAAGGACCCGUGUUUCAGCGCUCUGCUGCAGUACUCGCAUGAUAACAGAGCGUUCCUGGGCUGUGAUCCUCCAGUCAGUCUGCAGGCCUCGCCAAGGAUUCUCUCUGAAGAAACUUAGACAUUUCUCGGAUCAGCACAGUGUUGCGAUGACUGUUCCAUGAUUGUUCUGCGUUAAAUAAAUAAUCGUUCGGUUAUCUAGCCACUUUUAGCUUGUUAGCAUCUAAAGAGCUCCCUGAAGAACCGCACUGGAUCUGGAGAGAGCCAGCGUUUAUUUCUCUUGUGUUCCUUCAAAUGUGUUACAGAAGAUUAAAAAAUAAUUUCAGCAAGCAUUCUCAUUUUAUGUGUUCUUGCCACUGGAUCGCAUAUGUUUGAGCUUGAGAAGCUGAUCUUCACAUUAGCGUGACUCCAGAUUAUUUUAUGUUUGUCUGACCAGCAACUAAAAACAGGCUGGUGUGU